GAGUGUGAGUCUCUCGUCCUCUAUUUUCGAAGUACCACGUUACCAUAGCGCAGGGACUCUACCGGAAUUAUCUCGAAAUCCCCCUCACUAAGAGAAUAUCCACUUCUACAAGCCCAACAUGUCAUCCCCUACGCCAUCGGGCUCCGCUUCCGGGUCGCGCGAAGGGCGCCGUCGCAACGAGGACCAGCCCCCGCAGCAGCCUCCCACCCCCGCAGCCCAGUCGGGAUCCCAGGACCAGCCGUAUUCCGACGCGUACGACGACGAGAGUGUGGAGGAGGUUGACGAGCCGGCGCCGCCGCCGCUGCCUCGCCCGCAAGCGCGCCGCCGGCGCCAGCGCCAGCAGACCCAGGCGCCCAGCCAGCAACGGAGCGGCGGCGGCGGCCCUCUCGGCGGCGUGGGCGGCGUGGGCGGCGCCGACCAACUGCUCCCCGUGAGCAACGUCGGCGAGACCGCCAACAAUCUGACGAGCUCGGCUACGGGCACGCUCGGCAACGUUGCUGGCGGCGCGCUCAAUAACCAGGGCGGCGGAGGGGGCAAAUCAGACACGCUGCGUCUGAGGCUCGAUCUCAACCUCGAGGUGGAAGUCACGCUGAAGGCGAGGAUUCACGGUGAUCUGACACUAGCUUUGCUGGACGGCGCUUGAGCAUGGCCGUAGGAUAUAUGCGACGUUGUUGGCUAGAACACAGAGGCAUCAUGAACUCAUGACAGAACGAUGUAACGG